CCCGCUCUCGCUGCUGCGCUCACGCUCCUCCUAAGCUUUUAUUCCACUGUGCAGCUGUGCUCUUUUUUUUCACACUCACACCCUUCUGUUUCGUUCUCUCUCUCGUUGAAUUUCAAGGUCGCGACGCGAAAUAUGAGCUCUGAAUAACAAACAAACAGAGUUGGUGUUGGUCUGACAUGAGAAGAUGGAUAGAGAAAAUGCUGUAAUGGGUGGUGUAAGAGAGGGUGAAGAGCGUGGUGUUCGGGUCACUCGAGCAAUGGCAAGAGCUGCUUUGGGUUGGGUCUCUGCCUCUUCUAGACCGUCUUUCAAGAAGGAAUGUAAAAACAACAGUAGGACAGCACUAGCAGAUGUAUCUAACAUAAGCAGAAAAUCACAGGCAAGAGGAGGUUACAAGAAGACUAACACAAAGGGAUCUUCCAAUGUCUCCAUUCAAGUUUUGUCAACUCAAGAAGAUGUUAGAGCAGAGUUAGCAAAAGAUUUAUCCACAAUAUCGAUGGUACAGACACAUGAUGCUAUUGUAGAAAGGCCGGAAGACACAGAGCUAGUGCAACCCUCUAUGUCUGUUAUGGCAGGUCCUCUGCUUUCAAUGCAGAACUCUAUGAAGUCUGAUGAAAUCCUUAGCCCUCCAAACAAAGACAUUGAUAUGAUUACUGAGAAACUAAAACUUUCAGAACGUUUGGGCAUUGUGGACAUUGAUUCAGUGGAGUUAAAGGAUCCUCAAGUUUGGAGUUCAUAUGCCCCUGAUAUAUACAAUAAUAUAUUUGUCAGGGAGUUUGAAAGGAGACCGUUAAGUGAUUACAUGGACAAGUUACAGCAAGAUAUCACUCCAAGCAUGCGAGGAAUUCUGAUUGAUUGGCUUGUGGAGGUUUCUGAGGAAUAUAAGCUAGUUCCAGAUACUCUUUACCUUACUGUGAAUCUCAUUGAUCGGUUUCUUUCUCAAAGUUUGGUUCAGAAACAAAGGCUCCAGUUGCUGGGUGUUACUUGCAUGCUGAUUGCAUCAAAGUAUGAAGAGAUUUGUGCUCCUCGAGUGGAAGAAUUUUGCUUCAUCACAGAUAAUACGUACACAAAAGCAGAGGUAUUGAAAAUGGAGAGUGGGGUUCUAAAUCUGUUGCAUUUUCAGUUAUCUGUUCCCACCACAAAAACAUUUCUCAGGAGGUUCAUCCUAGCAGCACAAUCUUCUUACAAGGUUUCUUAUGUUGAACUGGAAUUUCUGGCAAAUUAUUUAGCAGAGCUUACUCUUGUUGAAUACAGCUUCUUGCAGUUUCUACCUUCCCUUAUAGCUGCAUCUGCGGUAUUAAUCGCCAGAUGGACUCUCAACCAAUCAGAACAUCCAUGGAAUUCAACCAUGGAACACUAUACAAAUUACAAAGUGUCUGAGCUUAAAACUACUGUCCUUGCACUGGCAGAUUUGCAACUUGAUACGAAAGGCUGUUCCCUGAAUGCUAUUCGCGAAAAAUAUAAACAGCAGAAGUUCAAGAGUGUGGCAAAUUUGUCUCCGAAACCGGUGCAGUCACUUUUCGAGGCUCAAGUUAAAACUGUAAAUGAUGCAUAUGUGAAGACUAAAUAUUGACUUUCGGAAUUUCUGAUGCAGAGGAAAGGUGUAUUAUCCUUGGUUGUAAUUAUUUGGCUAUUGUUAAUUCGCAAUUACCGUCUGAUCAGUAGUUGUAACUUGUAGGAUGGUACCAAGCUCUGGUACUUCUAGAUCUUGUAACUUAAAAUUGUUACAUCAUGAUACAAUUGAAGCAGAUAAUUGUAGUACUUUGGCAUCUAUUUGUACUCCA